AUGGACCACUGCUCUUUGCUGGAAGAAGUCAAGAAAAGUCAGUUUUGGCAUGAUUUGCAGCAAGGACUGGGAUUUUACAACCUGCCAGAAACCGUAGAGAGAACGCAGAAUCGGCGGACUAAGUCUACGAUUGAAGAGAUCACGAUGGUGGUACUGGGGGAACCUCUCACCUGUCUGAACCUGUGUUUAGAGGGUGGGAAGCAGUGUCCUGGUGGUAUGUUACUGGUACCCUCUUUAACAUGGCUUCAGAAAGAACCCACCAAUGAAGGAGAUAUGCAAACCUUACGAGUACACACGGCUGUCACAUUUGACUCUUGUGGUCGAACAUUUUUGGACAUCUUCACCCCGCCUCGUCGUGUCACUUACUUCACGAACCUUGCUACAGAUGAUGAGAAAAGAAAGGUAUGCAUGCGCAGUUACAACGUGGAUUUUGAAAAAGAUUUAGAAUGUCCACUGGGAGUCACGCAAGAUUCAAUAAAGAGUUUGGAUGAUCGAAUCCUCACUCGUAUUCUGGUUGCGGACGCUGAUGUUGCCUUUCCCGAUACGCUGGCAUUUUUGUACAGAUCACGAAUGCCUUAUAACCAUGAGAGAAGCAAUAUUUAUGUGGUCGCAAUUGAAAAUAAAGAAGACGGAAAAGAAAAGAUCAACAAAGAACUGGCUGCAUUUAUAAGUUCCUUGCUUGGAAAAGGGAUGAAAAAAGUAGUUGUCAAGGUAGGCGUGCGUGCAUCAGGAAAAGUGACCUACCAUUCUGCUCAAGACCAAGCCGGCGUCUACAGUGCCGUAUGUCAAGGUCUGGAUGAGAGGGAGAGUAUCAUUGUGGAGGCAUUUUGUGAGACCCUUAAACCAUCACCGGUCCCUCAUCUUGACUACGAGGAACAGGCAGUCGGCAUCAAGAGUAAGGAUUUGUCCUGCACAAUCCGAGCUGUCGUCUGCUGCACUCCCAACGGGAAUCAGCUGGUUUCAGACAUCGUCUGCGGCGUUGGUCACGCGGACAGAACGCUACAUUGUGACAACACUUUACCAGUGUCACUGGAAAGUUUUCUAGUUCAAUGGGGGUUACAGGAUAGAUCCCAGAUUGAAAAUAUCCGUUCAAUGAUCACGAAAAAGGCGGAGGAUAUAUUACACGUUUGGACGAAGUACGAGGUGUGUAUGAACAAAGAGAAAAGCGGAGGAUUUUUGGCAGAAACAAGCAUAAUAGGUGUCAAUUUUGUCUUGACAGAGCAAGAAGACAAACGUUAUGACGCCGUGGUUGUAAGCGUCAAUAACAGCAAAAAAACCAUCGCGAACACGCAGACCUACGAGUUUCAAAACCCGACCAAGCUUGGAAGUUGCGUCCGACCCCUGGUGGCAACCAUGGUUAAUCGUAGUCAGCGGUUCCUUCUUCAAGGAAAGCAAAUCCUUCUAAUUGGCGGAGGGGAAGGAGUAAACAAAAAGUUUGUUUGGGAAGCUGCCGAGAAUUACUUUGUGAAGAUCAUUUUGAUUGACCCUGAUCCUAAUCACAGUGCGGCCAAAUGUGUAUACAAGUUUAUCCAAUGUGACAUAGAAGACGUGAGUCAUGACGAUGAAAUUGCCAAGAGGGUGGUCCAAAUAAUUCGCACUCAAGGCCUAGUCGUAGACGGGUGCAUGACCGUUGUUGACGAAUACGUUCCUCUGACGGCUCUGGUGUGCAAAGAACUGUGUCUGCUUGGUAAUACGCCUGAGGCUGCAACAAAAUGUAAAAAUAAAAUAUUUACCCAAAAAGCUUUAAUGGAAAAUGCAACCAGUAGCUCUUUCUUGCCAAACCCUCAUCUGUAUGCAGUCAAGAUACACGAAAUUGACCGACCUGAAGAUGUGAAGGGAUCCUCAAAUCAUAUUCAAUACCCGGCAAUUUUGAAGCCGGUUUACGGGUCAUCUUCCUUUGGAGUAUACCUUGUCAAAGACGAGAAAGAAUGUCUGAAGUCCUUCGACGCCGUUCAGAAAAUCCUAAAAGCUGAGGACGAAAAGGCGUUAGUAAUUUGUAACGGCAACGAAAUGCAUCUAGCCGAGUAUGCACUGGGAACGAGGCAUGGAGUCGAUAUCGUCAUGUUUCGAGGAAAGAUUUUAGCGGCAUUCAUCUCUGAUUGUGGACCUUCCCGCUUUCCACUUUUUAUCGAGACUUCAUCGUGUAUGCCGUCAUGUUUACCACUUGACAAGCAACGACAGCUAGUAACGGCCACACAGCAGUGUGUUAGAGCAGUUGGUCUCACUGAUGGUGUGUAUAAUAUUGAGUUUAAAAUGACACCCACGGGACCAAAAUUGACUGAGAUCAACGGAAGAAUGUCUGGAUACCAUUACCGGAACUGGAUACUUGCCGUCUUCGAUACGGAUAUCCUUUUCCUUAAUUUCUUAAUUGCAUGUGGGAUACGGCCCAGCGUCCGGCCAUUGGAGCCAAGGUGCCAGCUCAUAGGGGUUAUGUGUACAACAACAGCCCACGCCAAGGCACUAUCGCGGCCGGGCAUUGCUACAGCGGAGAUCCUUGUCGAGGCUCAUGAAGAAGGAGAAAUAAUUUUCUUUCCAAUAGAGCCCAACUUGGAGGAAAAAGAACCCUUUGAGAAGCCAUUAUUUCAUGUAGCUGUUAAGGGGAAAUCUGUAAAUGAGGCGAAGAAAAAGCUGUUGGCUGUUUGCAGGAAAUAUGGGAUAGAAAACCAACAGUAUCCAGUAGAGCGCUUUCUGUCCCCUUUCGUGGAGUUAUCUUGGCCAUGA